AUGUUCUUCGAUGUGGUACCCUGCAUGGUAUGGAUGAGCGGCUGCAUGUUCAAACUUGAGGUUAUGGGUCGUGAAUUGGGGGUUCCGGCCGGUCAUCAGUACUCUAGUGUCAUGGAACAAGAUCCGAGGCUUUUCCUUUCGUCUUUUCUCGAUCAUCACCCAGGGAACCAUGAUACAAGUGCAGGUGAUAUGAGUUUGGGUUGUGGAUGUGGAUCAACUAGAGGUUUCAUGUUCAAACUCGAGGUUAUGGAUAAUGCAUUAGGAGUUCCGGCCGGCCAACAGUACUCCGGUGUCAUUAAACGAGAGGCAAGAAUUUUCAUUUUUGUGUGUUUUCAAUCAUCAACCAGGGAACCAAGGUACGAGUGCGGGUGGUACGCGUGUGGAUCGUGGAUGUGGAUCAUUUAUGGUUGGGGUCUUAAGCUCGAGCUAGUAUCAUAUGGGUUUGAGAAAUGGAUUUAUUUUCUUAUGUUCUUCGACGUAGGACCCUGCAUGUUAUGGGUGUGGGGCUGCAUAUUCAAGCUCGAGGUUAUGGAUCAUGCAUUAGGGGUUUCGGCCGGUCAUCAGUACUCAAGUUUCAUAGAACGAGACGCUAGACUUUUCCAUUUGUGUGUUCUUGAUCAUCAGCCAUGGGACCAUGGUACGAGUACGGGUAGUACGAGUGUAAGCCACGGAUGUGGAUCAUUUGGGGUAGGGGUCAUCAGCUCGAUCUAG